GCUCCCUCGCUCUGUGUGAAACAAAGUGUGGUGUCCGCAGAGCCCCGUAGGAAGCGAAAAGAGAGAAACCGGAGGAAGGAGAGAAUGGGGCGACUGAAUCCACAACAGGAGGAAUAAAAACCAACUAAAGAAAGAAAUAAAGAAGAGCGAAGACAGAGGAGAGGACGGAGAAACUCGCAGGAAAAAACUUUCCGGAGAGGAAAACUGUUACGGACUCAACACACGGCCACGUUUGAAAACAUGGAUACACUUUUCUCUGCAUUCCUGGGACUCCUGUUUCUCUUUUCGACAGUUGGGAACGUCUCCGGCCAAAUACCGACAGCUCACAUGGGGCGCUCUGAGAAGGGGAGCUGUACGUUUGAUGAGGGCUUCUCUCAAUGUGAUUACCAGCAGGAUCCCUAUGAUGACUUUGACUGGACGCACAUCAACACACAGGAAGUGCCCUACGUCUCACCAGACCUGCCACAAGGUUCCUACAUGUACGUAGACGUCUCUCAGUAUGAUGUUGGGGAGAAGGCCAGGUUUCAGCUGCCGGUCAUGAAGGAGAACGACACUCACUGCAUCGACUUCAACUAUCUCCUCACCAGCCCUGACGGCUCCAGCCCCGGCACCCUCAACGUCCUGGUGAAGGUUAACAAGGGUCCCUUGGCCAACCCUAUAUGGAACGUGACGUCCUACACUGGGAAAGAGUGGCUGAGAGCCGAACUCGCCGUCUCCACAUUUUGGCCUAAUGAAUAUCAGGUCAUAUUUGAAGCAGAGGUUUCGGACAGCAAAGCCGGCUUCAUCGCCAUUGACGACAUUCAGGUGCUCAGCUACCCGUGCGAUAAAUCCCCUCACUUCCUGCGUCUUGGAGAUGUGGAGGUGAACGCCGGUCAAAACGCCACAUUUCAGUGUAUUGCUACAGGACGAGACACAUCGAACAAUAAACUCUGGCUACAGAGGAGAAACGGAGAAGAUAUUCCUGUGGCUCAGACCAAAAACAUCAACCACAGACGGUUCGCCGCCUCCUUCCACCUCAAAGAAGUCACUAAUCAGGAUCAAGAUCUGUACCGCUGCGUCACCCAAUCAGAGCGUGGCUCUGGGGUGUCUAACUUUGCGGGUCUCAUUGUCAGAGAGCCUCCGCACCCCAUCGCCCCACCCCAGCUGCUCGGUGUCGGCCCUACAUAUCUGCUUAUUCAGCUGAACGCUAACUCCAUAUUUGGAGAUGGACCUAUUAUACUGAAAGAGGUUGAGUACCGUAUGACAUCAGGCAGCUGGACAGAGACUCACGCUGUGAACUCUCCCAACUAUAAGUUAUGGCAUCUUGACCCAGACACAGAGUAUGAGAUCAGAGUGUUGCUAACCAGACCAGGAGAGGGAGGGACAGGCAAAUCUGGACCACCACUCAUUACCCGGACCAAAUGUGCAGAACCUAUGCGGACUCCUAAGAGGCUAAAGAUUGCUGAAACCAGGUCUCGUCUGAUAGCGGUGGACUGGGAAUCGUUGGGUUACAACAUCACUCGCUGUCACACCUUUAACGUCACCAUCUGCUACCAUUAUAUGACUGCCAACAACCGUAGCAAAGCUGACUGCUUGGACAUGGACCCCAAAGCACCACGCCACCUGGUGGGGAACCUGCCACCCUACACCAAUGUCAGUCUGAAGAUGAUUCUGACUAAUCCCGAGGGACGUAAAGAAAGUGAUGAGACCAUCAUACAAACUGACGAAGAUGUUCCAGGCGCAGUUCCCAGUCAGUCACUAAGAGCCACUCCAUUUGAAGACAGAAUCCUUCUUUACUGGAAGGAACCGAGUGAACCAAAUGGAGUCAUCAUACAAUAUGAGAUCAGCUACAGUGGUGUGCGUUCAUUUGACCCUUCAGUGCCUCUCCAGCGGCCGGGACUCACGGUGUCUCUGCCCUCAAACGCCACACAUCACCUGUUUUCCCAGCUCCACCCCGGUGUCACGUACCAACUCUCUAUACGCGCAUCCACCUCCAAAGGGUUUGGACCCGCAACCACCCUCAAUGUGACUACUAAUAUUUCAGCCCCGACAAUAGAUGAGUACGACGGGUCAGAGGCCUUCCUGAAUGAAACGGCAACAACCAUCACUGUCCUGCUCAAACCUGCCCAGGCCAAAGGAGCACCUAUAAGUGCGUACCAGAUUGUAGUUGAGGAAGUGAAUCCUCAGCGGACUCGUCGUCAGGCUUCCUCUGACUGUUAUGAGGUCCCAGUUUCCUACCACAGUGCAUCUAGUGGUGGAUCUCCAUAUUAUUAUGCCGCCCAGCUGUCCCCCAGCAACCUGCCUGAGCCGCUCCCCUUCACUGUGGGAGACAACAAGACAUAUCAGGGUUUCUGGAAUCCUCCACUGGCUCCAAGAAAGAACUAUAACAUCUACCUUCAAGCUGUGAGCAGCACAGAGAGGGAAACUAAGACACAGUGUCUGAGGCUGGCUACUAAAGGUGCUACAGAAGAGCCAGAAGUCAUCCCUGACCCCGCCAAGCAGACGGAUCGGGUGGUGAAGAUCGCUGGGAUCAGUGCCGGUGUUCUCGUCUUUAUACUGCUGGUGUUGGUAGCCAUCCUAUUGGUGAAGAAGAGGAGGACCUACUAUUCAUACUCUUAUUACCUGAAACUGGCUAAAAAACGUAAAGACGCCAUCGGAACAACGCGGCAGGAAAUGACUCACAUGGUGAAUGCUAUGGAUCGCAGCUAUGCUGACCAGAGCACUCUGCAUGCAGAGGAUCCUAUGGCUGUGACUUUCAUGGACUCUCACAACUACAACAACAGAUUGCCCAACGAUCCUCUGGUUCCCACUGCUGUGCUAGAUGAGAACCACAGCGCCUCUGCAGCAGAGAACAGCAGGCUUCUGGAUGUUCCUCGAUAUCACUGCGAAGGAACUGAAUCUCCUUAUCAGACAGGACAGCUCCACCCUGCCAUCAGAGUGGCCGACCUUCUGCAGCACAUCAACCUAAUGAAAACAUCUGACAGCUACGGCUUUAAGGAGGAAUAUGAAUUGGUGAUACAGAGCUUCUUCGAGGGCCAGUCGGCCUCCUGGGACGUGGCCAAGAAGGAGCAGAACCGCACCAAGAACCGCUAUGGGAACAUUAUAGCAUAUGACCAUUCAAGGGUUAUUCUCCAGCCCAUUGAAGAUGACCCCUCCUCCGACUACAUCAACGCCAACUACAUCGAUGUAAGUGGAAACGCAUCGAAUGCUACUAUUGGCUCCCAACGAAACCAACGAAACCACACUCCCUCGCUCAUUUGGCUGUACAGGGAUGGCUACCAGAGACCAAGUCACUACAUUGCUACUCAGGGUCCUGUUCAUGAGACAGUGUAUGACUUCUGGAGGAUGGUGUGGCAGGAACAGUCAGCCUGCAUCGUCAUGGUGACCAAUCUGGUGGAAGUUGGAAGGGUUAAGUGCUAUAAGUAUUGGCCAGAUGAUGCCGAGGUGUACGGAGACUUCAAGGUGACUUUUGUGGAGGUCGAACCUCUUGCUGAAUAUGUGGUUCGCACAUUUACACUGGAGAGGCGUGGUUUCAACGAGGUGCGAGAAGUCAAGCAGUUCCAUUUCACAGGCUGGCCUGAUCACGGAGUUCCAUAUCACGCCACAGGACUACUUUCCUUCAUCCGCAGAGUUAAAAUCUCCAAUCCACCUUCUGCUGGACCAAUUGUGGUCCACUGCAGUGCUGGAGCAGGGCGUACAGGCUGUUUCAUAGUCAUUGACAUCAUGUUGGACAUGGCGGAGAGAGAAGGAGUGGUCGACAUCUACAACUGUGUGAAGGCUCUUCGCUCCAGGAGGAUCAACAUGGUACAGACUGAGGAGCAGUAUAUAUUCAUUCAUGAUGCCAUACUAGAGGCUUGUCUAUGUGGAGAAACAGCCAUACCAGUCUGCGAGUUCAAAGCUGCGUUUUAUGAGCUGAUCCGUAUCGACUCGCAGACCAACUCGUCACAUCUGAAGGACGAGUUCCAGACGUUAAACUCGGUGACUCCUCAGCCUCAGCCUGAAGACUGCAGUAUUGCAUUGUUGCCUAGAAACCAAGAUAAGAACCGCUUUAUGGAUGGCCUUCCUCCUGAUAGAUGCCUUCCCUUCCUCAUUACAAUAGACGGAGAAAGCAGCAACUACAUCAAUGCUGCUCUGAUGGAUAGCUACAGGCAGCCUGCUGCAUUCAUCGUUACCCAGCAUCCUUUGCCUAACACUGUCAAAGAUUUUUGGCGUCUGGUUUACGACUACGGAUGUACCAGUUUGGUGAUGCUGAAUGAGAUUGACCUGGCUCAGGGUUGUCCCCAGUACUGGCCAGAGGAGGGCAUGUUGCGUUAUGGUCCUGUCCAGGUGGAAUGUAUGUCCUGCUCAAUGGAUUGUGAUGUUAUCAGUAGACUCUUCAGAGUCUGCAACCUCACCAGGCCUCAGGAAGGCUACCUGAUGGUUCGUCAGUUCCAGUACCUGGGGUGGGCGGGACAUAGAGAAGUCCCCGCCUCCAAACGCUCCUUCCUCAAACUGAUCCUGCAGGUCGACCAGUGGCAGCGCGAGGGAGAGGAAGGAGAGGGAAGAACCAUCGUGCACUGCCUAAAUGGAGGUGGGCGUAGCGGAGUUUUCUGUGCCAGCAGCAUCGUGUGCGAGAUGGCCAAGAGACAGAGUGUGGUUGAUGUCUUUCACGCCGUAAAGACCUUGAGGAACAGCAAACCCAACAUGGUGGAUACUCCGGAACAGUAUCGGUUCUGCUACGACCUGUCACUGGAGUUCAUCGAGUCCUCCUAAACAAAGGAGAGAAGAGGAGGAGGUGAACAUCUUUUCACUUCCCGUGUGUUUGAUCCUUUUGCUUUUCGCCUGGUCCCGACUCCCCUCUGUGGUGGCCGUCCUGUAGCACCCAUUUUGCGUCAGUACAAAUGGCACAAGUGAAAUUGGCUCCUUGCACAGUGUUGUAAAGCAUCCAAAUAAAGGGAAGAGUUCAGACUUUUAACAGAAGGAGCUGCUGGGAGUGCAACAGAGGGAGAGAUGUUGCUCCUUAUACUCCUUUACGCUUAUUGUACAGCUUUUUGAGUGCCAGCGGGCCCCUGUAUGUUUUGGACCCCAUUUAAAUGUUUAAUGUCUCACCACAACCCCUCGCCCCCACCCUUCCCCUCCCCUCCCAUGGACUUUUCAUCUGCAGUACUCAAUGUGCACUGUAGAUGUCUCCCUCCUCCCUUGCAAGCGGCAAACACAGCUUUCGAAUAACUGCAAGUUUUCAGUGGCCCCACAUUCCUGCUCUCAUGCUAAUUUCUGAGUAACUUAACAGUGUUGGUUGGAUAUCUCAUCAUGGUGAUGUUUGAAUAUUUGAGCCAGUACUUUUGUACAAAAACAAGAUACUUAAAGUUACAGCCUGGCCAAACUCUGUGAAUGCUUCUGUUUUCUACUUCAUACAUCAGCAGCAUCUUCAUGUUACUUUUCUGGUCAUUUCAGUCAGUUAAGUGCUUAAUUGCCCCUUUGAACCCAUUUUAUAUUGGUGGAUUGUCAGACAACAGAAUACAUAAACAGAAAUUAAAAUAUAAGUUUGCCAAUUAGACAAAGCACCAUUUAAGAAAGACUGACAAUGAAACGAAAACAGAAAGUUUACACAGGGAGUAUUAAGCUUUUAGAUUUUUUUUUUUAUGAUAUCAUGAAGUGGCAACUUGAAAAAUGUGUAGGAUUAUCACUCAAAUGUAUACGUUGAAAGAAAAGUGAUACAUGUAAUUGUUUAUGUUUUCUGCAGCCAUUAUCAGCUGCUGAGUGGUUUCUUUCCGACUGCUUUUGUUGCGGCAUUUACUGAUUUACCGGACAAAAAUUUUGAAGUCUCCUUUGUACCCUAAAUUGUAAAAGAAAAAAAAUUUAACACUUGAGAUUUUGUUCAACCAUGUAACAUUAGCAUAAUCGUGUUUGUUUCAGGGCUGGGCCCAAUGCACUUUCAAUUCUGCCAAUACACAAAUGGGAUAUUUUAUCUCAAAACUCAAAUAUGAAUAGAGAUUUGGCUCAUUUACUCAUUUAAAGGCUGAGAGUAGAUCCUCUUCAAUGAACAGGUGACGGUUUUCAUUUAUGGCUUGAAUGGAAUUGGAAGUGAACUGACCCCAGGCCUCAUUUGUUCUGUGCACUGGUGGCCAACACUUUUUUGUUUGUUUGUUUUUAUUAUUAUUUUGUAGCUGAUGUUUAUUCAUAAGCCAAAGACUUUGUGUAAAUAUGUCUAUAUGGAUAAAGCACAUUGUUUGUAUUUAUUGUUUGUUUACUUGCAUUGCUUGUAAGAACAAUCAUUCUUCAUUCCACGUUUACUCUACCACCAGCGUUUCUUAAACUCAGGGGUCGGGACACAGAAUGGGCUGCAAGUCUCUUUCCUCUGGAGUACUGAGAGUAGUAGUAUGACCUAAUGAGCCCACAGUGGGUCCAGAGGUAAGAGGCUCCAUCUGCUCAAUUUGGAUCCAUGAAGAAAAGUUUAAGAACCCCUGAUAGAAGCUGUAUAUUAAAGCAUUAGAUGUAGUUUUUCAGUAUUUAGGUGGAAUUCAGUAGUAUUGUCUUGUUUUCACUUAAUGAAACUCUCUGUGAUGUUACUGUGGUUUAUUUGUGUAAAAGCCCCAUUGCUCUGUUUGUGGUCAGUAGAACAUCAGUGCAUUUUUAUGCACAGAGUAUUUUGGAUAAUAGCUCCUAUCCCUCUUAACGUCUUAGUUGGGAUAAGCUGUUUAUCUUCAUCCUGCUCACCAUUAUCCCAGAAUACGCACGGACUCAGUGAUGCAAACGGGCUUAGUGAGUGAAACACGCAGGACUGUGAAACAAAAAACAUUUAAUGUGCCUAAUCAUUUGAAUUUCCUUGCAUUUUAACAGCAUCUUUGACCGCAAAUCAGGGCUUUAUUGAAUGCGUUCUCAUGGACGAUCAAAGGUUUGAAUACCUUUUGGUCCAUGAUUCAACAUGUUUUAUUAAUCAGAAUGCUUCAUGAAUUCUUUGUGAGGCUUUACAGGCUUGCCGAACAUCAGAUGUGUUUCUGUUGUGCACAAACUGAUUCAGAAAAAAAUUAAAACAACUUUAAUGUAAAUAAAAUAAAAAAUAGUAGCCCAGGUCUACCAUUAAGGAUGUUAUUGUAAAUAGACUAUCAUGAGUACUCUAAAAGGCUCUAUUGUAGAGAUUCAGAUGAUGGAUGCAAUGUCAGAACAUUAGUUCUGUUGUAGAUAAAAAAACAAAGUCAGAGAUUUGUACUCCUGGGGGAUUCGGCUUCAAAUUCUGACAGAUGUUGUUUAAAAAGCAUUAUAGUUUCCACUGAAUACAGAACUGUAUUCUGUUGGUGGAAAAUUAAGUUUCUUUUUUUUUCUCUGGAUUUCUGGUCUGACCCUAAGACGGGAGAGAAAAUUCAGAGGCUGUAACGCUAUGAUAAUACAGCUGUAUAUCUUCGUUGAUGGUGGGGUUUACCAGUUGGACAAAACUGUAGGCCAUCUCUAUAGCAUGCAAAGAGAGAAAGAUGAAGCAGUCAAUGAUAAGGGUGUUAAGAAUGUUACCUAGACACAUUAAGGGAACACUAAGGAGCAAAUCCUGGUAAAAUGCCCAUAAUUCCUCCUUCAUAAAUCUGAAGUAAUGGCUACCCUAAAGAGUAGUGAAUGAAGCAGGGAUCUGGAUGAGAGGCCAUUCUGAUUAUAGAAUUGAUAUUCAUGGUUCAUAAUUAUUCUUGUCUGUAAUGUUUGGCUUCUUUGCUGUAAUAAAGACCACUUCUUUAAUUAAAA